GCGGCGCCCAUGAGGCCGAAUGUGUGCUACGGAGCACGUGUAUUUUAGAAGCAAAGUACCGUACAAUCUGUUGUUGUGCUUUUCUUGUGAACUGAAUCUUGAACACAACUUUCGAUAUAAAGUUAGAAGUGCUAUAAACCGACCAUGGAUUCGGAACAGUCAGAUCACAAAACUCACCGUAAGACACAAGCUGGGCCUAAGGCAAAGAAGAAGAAAGACAAGACGCCGCAUGAACAAGAGCAGACUGCUAGAGAGAGAAACCCUAAAGCAUUUGCCAUCAACUCGUUCAACAAGAGGGCAAGAAGUGUGCGCAGGACGUUAGAUAUAAAGACAAAGAAGCACCAUAUUCCUGUGGUUGAUCGAACACCUCUUGAGCCCCCGCCCAUUGUCAUCGCUGUUGUGGGUCCCCCGAAGGUCGGCAAAAGCACUCUCAUCCGUUGCCUGGUGAGGAACUUCACCAAACACAAGCUCACAACUAUCCAGGGACCGAUCACUGUCGUGUCAGGAAAGAAGAGGAGGUUGACCUUCAUCGAGUGUAACAAUGACAUCAACUGCAUGAUUGACCUGGCAAAGGUCGCUGACCUGGUUCUGCUCCUCGUCGAUGCCAGUUUCGGUUUCGAGAUGGAGACCUUCGAGUUCCUGAACAUUGUUCAGGUGCACGGGUUCCCCAAGAUCAUGGGUGUCUUAACCCAUCUGGAUCUGAUGAAGAACAACAAGGCCCUGCAGAAGACCAAGAAACGUCUCAAGAACAGAUUCUGGACUGAGAUUUACCAGGGAGCCAAACUGUUCUACCUUUCCGGUAUGGUUUACGGCGACUACCAGAACAGAGAGAUACUCAACCUGGGCCGGUUCAUAUCCGUCAUGAAGUUCCGUCCGUUAGUCUGGCGUACAACUCAUCCAUACGUCCUUGCAGACAGAAUGGAAGAUCUGACGGACCCAGAGCUAUGUCGACAGAAUUCAAAAUGUGACCGUACUGUGAGUCUGUAUGGUUACAUGCGAGGGACUCCCAUGAAGAGAGGCUGUAACAUUCAUAUCCCUGGCUGUGGUGACUUUCCAACCAAAGACAUCUCCUUCCUCCCUGACCCUUGCCCCCUCCCCAACAAGGAGAAGAAGAGGGCGCUAAACGAGAAGGAACGUCUGAUUUACGCACCGUUGUCUGGAGUCGGCGGAAUCAUCUACGAUAAAGACGUCGUGUACAUUGAUCUGGGAACCAAUCAACCCCACAGCGAAACCACACAGGAAGAGGAACAGCCAGCCAAUGAGCUCGUCUCUAGUCUCAUUACCACCCAGCAUACCUUGGAUACCAAGAUGGCCGCCAGUAAGCUCUCUCUCUUCCAUGAUUCCAUACCCAUGACGUCCGAGGAGGUGUCCAGUAAUAGCGUCCGACUUGGGUCCAUGCUGACGGAGGAAGCUGUGGAAGAUGCGGAUGGCCGCGUCAGGAGGCGGGCUGUUUUUGGGGAGGAGGAUGAAGAAGAAGAAAGCGACGAAGAGGACGAGGAUGAUUCGGAGGAAGAAGAUGAAGAAGAAGAUGAUGAAGAAGAAGAAGAAGAAGAAGUCCGACUGCCGAUUAAGUCUAAGAUGUCUGAUGAGGCACCGCUCAGGAAAAAAAUCAAACAAGACUUGGAUGUUGUUGCCUUCGCCGACAGCGACGACGAGUUAGAAUUUGCUCAAUCAUCCCCGAGGAAGAAAUCGUCAUCCAGCAGCAAAACAGACAAGAGCAUCUCAUCACAAAAGAAGAUGACAAGCAAGCAGAAGAUACGAAGCAUGAGUGAGGAGGAAAGUGAAGAGGACGAGGAUGAGGAUAGUGAUGUAUCCAUGGAGGAUGGAGACAGCGAUGCCAUUCAAGACGAUGAAGGUGAAACAGACAACGACAAAGAUUUAGACUCGGACCUCGAAGUAACUUUUAGAACUAGCGGCGUGAGCAAUGUUAAAAAUGGUAUUGAAUCCAGCAAGAAGGGAGAGAGGACUAAAAAGAAACGGAAUGAGAAUCUUCUCGGAGAUCAAGAUGCUGAGACAUUCGAUCAGCCGAAGCUGAAGGAAGACGAUUUUGGAGGGGAGUUCAGUGAGCAAGAAGAGGAGGAAGAUGAUAGUGAUGCAGGAGACGAAGAAGAUGAAGAUGAAGAUGAAGAUGAAGAGGAGGAGGCAGAUUUAGAUGAUGAUGAAGAUGGUGAAAACUUUGGUGACGACUCAACCUUUGGUUCAGGUCACUUAAAGUGGAAGGACAACCUGUUACAGAAAGCGUCCCUAUCCUUUCUGAAGCAGCAGAACAGCACACCCAACCUCCGGAAACUCGUCUACGGCAGUGGAGCAAGCCAAUAUGACGCUGAGGAGGAAGAAGAUGAAAAUGAAGACGUAGGAGGUCUCUUUAAGAUCACCAAACCUGAGAAGGAAUCAAAGAGCACGAGGAGACGAGAGAUGAACAGCCGAGAUUGUACCAGCUUCCCAGUGGAGCAAGUCCGAGACUGGACCUUAGACGAGGUCAAACAAUUGAUUAGUGACUGCUUUGUGACCGGCAAUUGGGAGCGCAAAGACGACGCUAAGAUGUUACUGGAUCAGGAUGAUGAUCUGUACGGCGACUUUGAAGACCUUGAGACGGGGGAAGUUCACCAUGGCAACAAACCCAAAACAGAAGAUGACUCAGAAGAUAGCAACGAUGACAAAGACAACGAUGACGAAGAAAACGACCAAGAUGAAGAUCAGUCCCAACCCAAGGAGGAGCGGGAGAAGACGGACAAACAGAAACGUCUCGAGCAGAAGAGGAAACUGAAGCAAGCGUUCGACUUGGAUUACGACGGGAAAGGAGACGGUGAUUACUUCGACGAUAUGAAGACGCAGAUGGCUGAACAAGCACAGCUGAAUCGUGCUGAAUUUGAAGAUCUAGAUGAUGAGUUGAGAACACAGUAUGAAGGCUUCCGGCCUGGACUGUACGUCAGAGUAGAGGUGGCCGGCGUACCGUGUGAGUUUGUCAACAAUUUUAAUCCCACAUAUCCUGUCAUACUUGGUGGAUUGUUGAGCAGCGAAGACAAUAUCGGCUACGUACAGAUGAGACUUAAGAAGCACAGAUGGCACAGCCGCAUCCUCAAGACGAGGGAUCCUCUCAUCUUCUCCGUGGGGUGGCGCCGUUUCCAGACCAUCCCUCUGUAUUGUAUGCAAGAUCAUAACAUGAGGACCAGACUACUCAAGUACACCCCUGAGCAUCUGCAUUGCACGGCCUGCAUUUGGGGGCCGAUUACACCACAAGGCACAGGAGUGUUGGCUGUGCAGUCAGUGGCCGGGAGAAAUCCGGGAUUUCGAAUCGCGGCGACGGGAGUCAUUCUGGAUCUGGACAAAUCACUGAACGUCGUCAAGAAGUUGAAACUCACAGGGACUCCACUAAAGAUCCAUAAAAACACAGCUUUCAUAAGUGGUAUGUUCAACACACCGUUGGAAGUAGCAAGGUUUGAGGGUGCUUCGGUACGCAGUGUCAGCGGCAUACGAGGCCAGAUCAAGAAAGCGUUACGGAAACCAGAGGGUGCUUUCAGAGCGUCCUUUGAGGACAAAUUGCUGAUGAGUGAUAUCAUCUUUAUGAGAACAUGGGUACCCGUGGAGAUUCCAAAGUUCUACAAUCCGGUGACGACGUUACUUCUGCCGAAAGACGAGAAGGACACUUGGACGGGGAUGAGGACUGUCGGCCAGAUCAGGAAAGAUAAGAACAUCAAGCUGGUGGCCAAUCAGGAUUCACUCUACAAGCCUACAGAGAGAAAGAUUCAUCACUUCAGUGCGUUGCGUAUUCCUCGAGCCCUACAAAGGGCACUACCCUUUAAAGAUAAACCCAAGAAAGUGGGAAAGAAAGCAAAACAGAGAGGUGGUGGAGGCAAGAAUUACAGAGGUGUCGUGCUGGAGCCGGAAGAGAAGAAGGUUGCAUCCCUAAUGAGUCAACUCAGUACACUGUACAAGGAAAGACAGCGGAACGAAAAGCAGGCCAUGGUGAAAAGAGUCAAGAUCCACAGAAAGAAGGUCAAUGAAAUCGAACAGCAAAGGGACACACGACAGAAGCAGGCAAAGCAAGAAUUAUACCGAGCCCUCGGCAAAAUGCAAAAGAGGAAAGAGAGAGGGAAAAAUCGAGACUAAGGAGCUCCUGAAACAAAAUCUUGGGUUUGAUACCUUAAAGACACUGGACACUAUUGUUAAUUGUCAAAAACCAGUCUUCUCACUUGGUGUAUCUCAACAUAAAUGCA